AUGUCCGUCGAGAAUUACAAGAACUUUGGGGCCUCCAACGAUCAAUAUGUGAGCCAGUUUGGAAACAAGGGGUCACUCCCGCUUCCUCCUGGAAAAAAGCUUACGAUAGUAACGUGCAUGGACGCUCGACUUGACCCCGCGGCACAUCUUGGAAUCCACGAGGGAGACGCACAUGUCAUCCGGAAUGCAGGAGGCGUAGCCAAAGAAGCCCUCCGAAGCAUCAUCAUCUCCCAACAACUCCUCGGGACACGGGAAAUUGCCCUCUUCCACCACACUGACUGCGGGAUGCUCACAUUUACCACACCACAACUCCAAGAGAAGCUCAAGACUGCCUACCCACACGCUGCCAACGAAGCCGAGUCCAUCGACUUUUUGCCAUUUCCCAAUCUCGAACAGAGCGUCAAAGACGACGUGGCGUAUCUGAAGAACCAUCCACUCGUUCUCAAGGAGACGACCAUUACAGGCUGGGUGUAUGAAGUCGAGACUGGAAAGGUGAGCAGCGGCGCGCGCGCGUGCCCGUUUAGGAAGUCGCUCAACUUUGGCGUCUCUAGGUGA